UCUCCGCGCCUUUGCAGAGGCCGCGGGCUGAAAGCUGGAGGAGCCGGCUCGCGUCGCGCCCGCGCGGCCUCCUAGGGAGCCAGCCUCGCUGAGACCACCGCUGGUAUUAUUUUGGUUGUCUUUCCCUUUUCAUCUCGCUUGUCUUAAAACCCCCUUGGAGUUUCUUCGCGAUUUGCAGCCAUGGAGGUAGCGCAGCCCAGGGACCUGGAGCAGCACUUACGCCUGGCCAAGAGGAGUCGCGGGGAGCUGUGCAGGCAGAAACGGAUCUUCAACGCCAGGAGCAGGCUCCUCGGGGGAGACACAGAAGCCUGGGACUUUCAGGUUCAUGACCAGAAGAUAAAAGAAGCAACUGAAAAAGCUAGACAUGAAACUUUUGCUGCUGAAAUGAGGCAAAAUGACAAAAUCAUGUGCAUGUUAGAAGGCCGAGAAAGGAGAGAUAAGAAAAGCCUCUGUAAAGCCAUCAGUGAUUUCCAGCAGACCUUCCAGAAGCCAGAAACUCGCCGCGAGUUUGACCUGUCUGACCCCCUGGCCCUUAGGAAAGAUCUGCCCGCGAGGCAGUCAGAUAACGAUAUUCGGAACACGGUGUCCGGAAUGCAGAGGUUCAUGGGAGAGGAUUUAAACUUCCACGAGAGGAAGAGAUUCCAGGAGGAACAGAACCGAGAAUGGGCCUCACAGCAGCAGCGCGAACAGGAGAGGGCCCGGGCAGCCCAAAGGCGUGCAGAGGACCUCUACUUCAAGACAAGGCUGCAGUUUGAUGAAACGGCCAAGCAUUUACAGAAUCUGGAGAGCGCCACCAGAAAGGCGGUUUGUGCAGCUGUGAAAGAAUUCAACAAGAACCAGGCCACCGAGUCAGUGGAAAGGAAAACUCGAGAGAAAAAACAAGAAGAAGAAGACAACUUGGCCGAGAUCUCCAACCUGCUGCGCGGGGACCUGCUCUCCGAGAACCCGCAGCCGGCAGCCAGCUCCCUGGGGCCCCACCGCGUGGUCCCCGACCGCUGGAAGGGCAUGACCCGGGAGCAGCUGGAGCACAUCCGUCUGGUUCAGAAGCAGCAAAUCCAGGAGAAGCUGGUGAGAGUCUCAAGGGCACCGAGGGCAUCGGCGCCAGGGGCUGUCAGCCAUGGACGCCGGGCUGAACGGGGAGGGAACGAAGUCACAGGAGCGCCAGCGGCUUCAGGAAGAAGAGCGGCAGCGAGACAUGGAGUGGGACCGGCAAAGGGUGCAGACGGCUCGCUCCACGCUGCUCACGGAGCGCCAGCGCCAGCGCGGGCAGCGGGACCUCCGCCGGGCUCUGGACUGCGCCAACCUCAGCCUGGCCCGGGAGCAGCGCUUGCAGAAGAAACAUAUGGAGGAAGUCUGUACAAAUCAGCCCACUGAAGGCUAUUUCGCACAAUUUAAUACAAGAAGUCGAUAGUGAAAAAGACACGGUGCUUGUCCUCUGAACUGUUUAUGCAUAAAACGCAGUAGCCUUUUGAAGAGUCGCAUUUAUUAAAAAGAAGUACACUCCGUGUUUCCGAAGUGCCUUUCAA